AUGCUCCUCCUCGCCGGCGCGCCCCACUUCCUCGCCUACUCCUAUUACCAGAAUGAUGUCCCAAACGGCCAUAUCAACGGAAAGGACACGGGUCACUGCUGCGGCAGCACCUCGUUCCGCUGGGCGCUAUACAACACGGACAGGCAGUGGACAAAGGAGCUCUGCGAGGCGGACGCGGAUGGGGAUGGGCAGAGUAACGGGCUCGAGCUCGGCGAUCCUGCUCCACCAGCUCUGUGCUACAGCUAA